ACAAUAUCAUGAUGCUGCAAAUUGGGAAUUUCACAAUUAUUUUUUAUCUAAUAUUAGGAAGUAAUGCGCAUAUGAUGUUUGUCGAUCAGAUGGAGCAAGAGGAUCCUCAAAUAUACAUGAUAACUGCUUGCACCGCUAAGUGUCUAAGCACAUAUCGACAAAAAUUGCUCGAACAUACGCAAGAGCAAAAAUAUGAAGCACUCCUGCAUUCGAAUCCUGUGUAUCUUGAAGGCUGUCAUAACUUUUGUAAAUUCAACCGCACCUCGAAAUUGCAAAAUACAAAGAAGAUAUAUGAAAAUUUUAAUUUAAAAUUGGUGUGUCGCGAUGAUAGAAGUCUGAAGUUUCGUGUCGAAUUGGAAACUCACAGAAAUGUUUACCGCAUUAAUCAAACUCAGACGCUGAAUUCAAAUUUGAAUAACUCAAGUGAAACCACAGAACAGUUUAAAGAUAAUGUCACGAUGCAGAAUCCGUUUGUGGAUACGUUAUUUGUAGUCCAAUUAUUCACUAAAGCAUAUGUUUUGGUUUAUGUGUCGGAUGACAGUUUUUUUACGCUGACUAAUCUCUCAUACAACACAAGCUAUAACAUAUCAGUAACAGCAGUCCAUGCUACAAAUGAGUACUCGGUCAUAGCCAAGGAAGAACAAUUCUCAACUUUAACAUAUGGAUUUACUCCGAGCAAAGUGACAAAAAUACAGAUCAACAAUUUUCUUACAGAUAAAGAUGAUAAACUGAAAUUGAAAGCUAUGAUAUCUUGGAAACCAGCUGCCGAUAUGACAUGCACAUAUGAUAUUAUAUGCUUUCCGGUAACAGGCGGAGGUAAUGAUUUGAAUCCUUUGGAAAUUAGAAAUCCACGUCAAUUAUAUACAUACACGCUUGAAAAUUUACAUUUCUCUAUGGAAUACUCAUUGGGUAUACGUGCCAAAAAUCCUAACACCAUUUCAAGGGAAAGUGAACUUUUCUGGUCUAACUUUGUAGUACCCUCAUGUGUUGAAUGGUAUAAUUACGAUUUUAAUAUAUGUGCACCUCUCGCACCGACUGGCUUAGACGCAGAGCAAAUAUUUAUUGGUGAAAAUGAGUUUUCCGUAAAUAUAAGCUGGAAUAAGCCUGAGUAUUUCCCGGAUUACUACACUUUGCGCAUCAUGGAUAUAGAUGAAAAAGGCAAUGCUUUUACCUUUAACGUCAGCAAAGCAGCGACAUAUUUUCUUAUACCGCAAAUAACUAUUUAUGGCAGUCAUUAUGAAAUUCAUUUAACAGCUUUCACAGCUGGAGGAAAAACUUCAGCCUAUAUAGAUAAUCCAAUUAAAACGAUUGUGAUGAUAUCGGAUAACAACGAUCUCACAAAUAUCAUAUCCGUUGUCUUGGCUUCUAUAUUAUUCGUAGUAAUAAUGGGGUUGACUAUAUUUUUAAUUUACUACCGAAAGGCUAAACUUAAACGUCAUCAAGAACGUAGUAAAUAUUUUGAGGAACUGGAGAGGAAGACUCCAAUUACUGAUAAAUCUGUUACAGAUUAUCCUAAAAAUACCCUCUUCACUGUUGCUACUAAGGAAUCAGCCAAUUUUCAGCCACACUUUGAUGAUGUUACAAUUUUUAAUGAUGACAUGGAAAUUGACCGUCACGAUGUUGAACUGUUGGAAAUUCUCGGUGAGGGUGCAUUCGGUUUUGUGCGCCGCGGCAUUUACAAGGACAAGAAUUCAGGUCCACGUGAAGUGGCUGUUAAAAUGCUUAAAGAUCAACCUUUAGUGGAAGAUAUGCGUGCUUUCCGACGAGAAAUUGAAGUAAUGAAAUCGGUAGAUAAACAUCCGAACAUUGUUGGAAUCAUUGGUCACUGUACUAAGUGCCAAAAUGGUAUGAUGCUUUUGACUGAAUAUUGUAGUUUUGGAAAUCUACUUGAUUUCUUGAGAGACGAGUGGAAACACUUACAUGAUACACAAAUGAGAACUAUUUCCGAACUUUCAAAGGGGAGAUAUGAAGGACUCAGUAAAGAAUCUGGCGAUAAUACAAACCUAAACUAUUUCAACAAUAAUGAAAACAGUGAAAAUUUCAACACAAAUGCCACUAAAAUGCAAGAAUAUAAUUCCAAAGGAAUAAAAUCAAUUUCAAAUAAUAAUAAUAAUGAUGUUAAUUAUAAUAAUCGCAUUGAGGAUAUAAUAAAAGCUUCAAUUCUAACACCGGCGGUGUCAAAUGUGGGCUACGGUUAUGAUCAAAUGUGUACCAGCACCUGUAAAUGUGAAGUUAUUAUUACUGAUACUGGAGCACAAAUCAAUGAUAAUGAAAUUGACCCAAUAAAGGAUACACAAGAUCAAAUUGGAUCUAGUGAUGUCGAUAUUGAAAGAUACUUUAAUAGUGGUCCUGCUAAUAAGACUAUUGCAAUUAAAAAUUGUGAAUGUGAGAAACAUAAAAUGGCAAAGAAAAUCAAGAUGGUAGAGAAUAAAGCCUAUUUUGAGCAAAUGCUAAAGAAUGGAAAUAAUCAGAAAGAACAUACAAAAUUGGAUGGAAAAGUGGAUGCCCUACAGUUUUCAGUACAUCGUGAACCACUCAGUGUUGGUGAUUUAGCGGAUAUAGCGAAACAAGUAGCUCUGGGCAUGGAAUUUCUCUCCAUGAACAAAGUGGUACAUCGUGAUUUAGCAGCACGAAAUGUUUUGGUCACGCCAGACCGAACUGUUAAAAUUGCAGAUUUUGGACUCAGUCGUGAUGUGUAUCGAGAAAACAUUUAUCAAAAGACCGGAAAUGGUAAAUUACCAAUAAAGUGGAUGGCGUUGGAAUCAUUAACUCAUCAAAUUUAUACAACACAGUCAGAUGUUUGGUCGUAUGGCAUAUUACUCUAUGAAAUUGUGACAUUGGGUGGCUCACCGUAUCCUGCAAUACCAACAAAUCGCUUGGUACAAUAUCUGAAAAGUGGACACCGCAUGGACAAGCCUAUUCACUGCGAGCAACAACUAUAUGAUCUUAUGCUGACCUGUUGGAAUGCAAAUCCUGCUGAUAGACCCACUUUUACGGAAAUACUUCAAAAACUGGAUAAGUUUCUGGUUAAGGAACUAACUGAUAAGACCGAAUAUACUACAAAUGUAACAACAUUGAAUUUAAUAGAUAAGGUAAAGCCAUGUUUGGACGAUUCCUAUUUAAAACCUUUGGUAUGAAUUAAUCAGGAAACAUAAUAAUAACAUUGA